CGAAACAAAAGGUAUUGUUUUGACAUCUAAAAGCAUUUACCUCCUCCUAGGGUUUUAGAAAAAAUUGUGUUGGACAGCAUGAGGAAGCUAAAAUUUCAUGAGAAGAAGCUACUGAAGAAGGUUGAUUUUUUGGAGUGGAAGAAUGAACAUGGUCACAGAGAGGCCUUUGUUAUGCAACGCUACCAUGUCACUGGCCGUGACGAUUACAAGAAGUAUGCGGGUUUGUGCCGAAUGGUGCAGAAGCUAGUGAGCAUUUUGAUGAGGAUGGACUCGAAAGAACCUUUUCGGAUUCAAAUGACUGAUAUGCUGCUCGAAAAGCUGUACAACAUGGGUGUAAUACCAUCGAAGCAAAAUAUUGAUGCUUUAAAAGUUUGUGAACGCAUAACCGUGUCAUCCUUCUGUAGACGCAGGCUCUCAACUGUUUUGGUGCGGUUGAAGUUUUGUGAACACUUGAAAGAAGCUGUCACAUACAUAGAGCAGGGACAUAUACGAGUGGGUCCAGAGACAGUUACCGACCCAGCAUUCCUUGUAACGAGGAAUAUGGAAGACUUCGUUACGUGGGUAGAUUCAUCCAAGAUCAAGAGAAAGGUGCUGCAAUACAAUGAUCAGUUGGACGACUAUGAUGCGAUGACCUGAGCGUAUUCUCUGUUUCGUUUUUUUCCCUUCUCCUUUUGGGUGGAUGAAGUGAAUGGUUUUAUAUUGAUUCAUAUAUAAUGUAGCAAAGAUGGGGAUUAGAGCAUUCCCAAUGGAUUAUGUAUUUCUCACUUGUAGCUAGAAUAGCUAAGCAAAAUCACAGAAGUUAUCCGUCCCA